AUGGCUGACAUAGUCUCAGCUUUUUGUGCAUGUUUUCAAGGUUUUCAACCAGUUAUUAAUGACGUGGGUACACGUGCAGGUUACAUUUCCAACUUUGAUGAUAAUCUUAGCAAGUUGAGAAGUGCUUUGGAGGAUCUUAUAGCAAAAAGAGAUGAUGUGGUAUGCAAGGUUAAUGCUGAAGAAAUCAAGGGUCAUAAACAGCUAAAUGAGGUGGAAAGGUGGCGUUCAAAAGUCGAAACCGUUGAAACCAACACCAAUCUCCUGGUUGCUAAGGCUUCACGGCAGAGGCGGUCAACAUGUGGGUAUUGCUUCAUCAAUAUCUUUUCAGCCUACAGCAAUGGGAAAAAGAUUUCCAAGAAUUUGGAUGAAGUUCAAAAACUAUCUUCUGAAAAGGUUUCUGAAGUGGUUACCCGGCAAGCUACGCUUCCUGUGGUAAUAGAACAGCCUGUCCAGCAGACAUUUGGCCUGGAUACAAAUCUUCAAAGGACAUGGAGCUGUCUUAUGGAAGAUGGUGUUAGAACCUUGGGUUUACAUGGAGUGGCGGGAGUGGGUAAAACGACACUCCUCACCCUGAUAGAGAGCGAGUUCGUUGAAGUCAAGGGUAAUUUUCAUGUUGUGAUUUGGGUUACAGUGUCUGAAGAUGUAGAUAUCAAGAUGAUUCAAGAUGAUAUCGGUAAAAAAAUAGGCCUCUAUGACGAUAAAUGGUCCACCAAUUCACAAAGGGAGAAAGCCUGUGAUAUACACAGGGUUCUUAAGACGAAACCCCGAUUUGUGCUGUUAUUAGAUGACUUGAGGAAGGAAGUGAAUUUAUCAAAAAUCGGAAUUCCAGUACGGGGGAGUGAAUACAAAGUCGUGUUUACUACUCGUUCUAGGGAUGUAUGUGAAAGCAUGCCCGUAAAUAAGGUGAUAGAAGUGGAACGUUUGGCGGAGGCGGGAGCGUUGGAUCUGUUAAAACAAAAUGCCGGAAGAGAAACACUAGAUGGCGAAAUGCUUGAGCAUGCAAGAUGUAUUGUGGAGAAAUGCCUUGGCUUGCCUCUUCUACUUAAAGUCAUUGGCAAGUCUCUGUCAUCCAAAACGACUGCAGAUGAGUGGCAUCACGUGCUCUGUACCAUGUAUGAAGCUAUGGGGGAUGAAGUAUUUCCUGUUUUGAAAUAUGCUUUUGAUAACUUAAAAGAUGACGCCAAGUUGUGUUUAAAGUAUUGUGCUUUAUUUCCCGAGGCAUAUAAGAUCAGUGAAGAUGAGCUGGUAGAGUAUUGGAUUGGUGAGGGUAUCAUAGAUGAAGAAGACGGAAGAAAGAGAGCAAUGGAUCGAGGCUAUGAUAUCAUCGACACUCUUGUUAGAGCAGAUUUGUUAGUUGAAGUUGACAAGUCUAAACAGAAAUUGUAUAUGCACGGCUUGAUCUGUGAGUCAAAACGGAAAGUGUAUAUGCAUGGCUUGAUCCGUGAGAUGGCACUGUGGAUAGUAGUUGGGGAUGGAGAAAGAUUUGUCGUGAAGACAGGUGCUGGGUUAAGCAAACUACCAAAGGUCAAGAACUGGAGAACCGUGACCAAGAUGUCGCUGAUGAACAAUGAGAUCAAGAGUAUAACGGAAUAUUCUCAGUUUCCCAAUCCGGAUCGUCUUGUAACCUUGUUCCUUCAAAAUAACAAGUUGGUAGAUAUCGUUGGUAAAUUCUUUCUGGUCCUGUCAACUCUGGUGGUCUUGGAUAUGUCUCACAACCCUGGUAUCAUUGAGUUGCCUGACGAUAUCUCAAAGUUGGUGUCUUUGCGGUACCUCAACUUGUUCGGGACGAGGAUAAAGAUUUUACAAGGUUUGAAAGAUUUUAUCGAACUGAUUCACUUGGAUUUGGAGUCCACAUCCAAUCUUCAAAGUACUUUUGAUAUCCAACUGAUAUCAAAAUUACGAAAGUUGCAAGUUUUGAGAUUUUAUGGUUCUACAGCUUCUUUAAAUCUCUCCUUACUGAAGCAAUUGGAGCUUAUGGAGGAUUUAGAAAUUUUGACCAUUAGUGUGAGAGAAGAGGAUGUUCUGGAAGCUUUCUUUGGAAGCAAAUUGUCAGGGAAGACACAGGGUCUAUAUCUUGAAGGACUUAACGUGUCAGGACAAUCAUUUGCAGCCACCUAUGGCGUAUUAGCUAGUCUUUCCAAACUUGGAAUGACAGAAUGUAAUAUUAUAGAGUCAGAGAGGGAAUGGGACGACAGUAGAAGGAACCAGCAUUCUCCAUCUCCAUCAUCCAAUCAAGUAACUCCAUGCAUUACACUGUUCAAGAACCUCUCAGCUGUGGAACUACUCUCAUGCGAACAUCUAAUGGAUGUGACAUGGCUGAUAUAUGCUGAAAAUCUUGAGUCCCUAAGCAUCAAAUUGUCACCUAAGAUGGAAGAAGUCAUAAGCGGAAAGAAAGCUGCAGGUGAUGGGGUGGAGCCUUUUAUAAAUUUACAAGUUCUUGAUUUAGGUUAUUUGAAUGCACUUGAGAGUAUCUAUUGGAGUCCACUCUCUUUUCCGAGGCUACAGAAAGUCCGCAUAACAAACUGCCAGGAGCUGCGUAAGCUUCCACUAAAUUCCACGAGUGUAGAUAAAAUUGAUGAUCUUAUCAUUGAAAUGGAUCAAGGAUGGUUAGAUAGAAUUGAAUGGGAGAGUGGAGCUGAAGAUCGAUUUCGUCAUCUCAUCCGCACAGCUUCGGUUUCUCAAACUGAUUCGGUAAUUUACAUAUAUUUCUUAUGUGCCAGUUUCCAUUAA